AUGUCCAGCACCUCCGUCUUGCGGGUCGCUCGGGUGGUGACCCUGGAGCUUGGUGAUCUCCCAGUUGGGAAGCAAACGACUGACUUGCAAGAUGCCGCCGCGCUCGACGAACUCGCUGUCGAGCCGGCUGCCGGCAACUUCCGGCUGCCGAAGGACGUCCAGAGAGGAGACAAUGGCGGGGCCCGUCGCAUCGCCUGCAGUGUGCUCGACGUCCAGAUUAACGAGCCGGACGCCCUCUUCGGCGCGUACGGUGCGGAAGAAUCCGUUGACCGCGGCAGUAUUGGGGUUGGGGACGUUGAGAUGGGCACCGGCCGUCUAUCUACGUGCUGUCCGGUGUAGAUUUAAUGCAAGGGGCAGUGGUGGUAGAUCUUUAUGCGAGGAGAGAAGGAAGGGAAUUUGUGGUGUUCUCGUGGAUAUUUGAAAGCUGGAUUAGGAUUAUAUCUCCCCCGUCUAUUCCAUUU